AUGUCCGAUAAUAUUGAUCUCGCAGAUAUUUUGGAUGAAAUUCUUGAACAAUAUCCAUUUGCAAUAUAUUUUAAACUACAUUCGCCCUCAGAAUGGUCAAUUUGUCAUCACAUUACUUGGUUAAUCAAAUUCAUGAGCUUAAGAACAAUUCAUGAUAACUUUUAUCGAGCUGUAAAUUUGAUAAAUAGAGAACAAAACACAUCGGAAGAAGUUAUUAGGAUCAUUGAUACAAUUCAGAAAGCUAGAAAAAUUGAUCUCAAAAAAGCCAAUAAAAUAUGGGAGUCUGAGAAAGAAAAUGUCUUACGAAACUUAUCUUCUAAAAAGCGAAAAAAAAGCAAUAAAAAUUAUAUAGAAGAAGUCAAUAAAAAGCGAAAAACUAGCAUCAGUAAAAAUAAAGGAAAAGAUAUUUCAAAAGAUUUAUCUUCCAUUGAUAAU